ACCAUCAUGAGGAAGUGAGAGGCGCGGCAUCCCGAGCGCGGCCCGGUGGACCGUCCUCCUCCUCCUCGAGUUCUGCAAAGCGGCACCUGUCUCCUCAGGGAGCGGCCGACGGCGGGCGCUGAGUACAUGUUCCGGGUGGCUCAGCCCAACCCGAGCAGACCUCCGGCCGCCAGGAAGAGCUGGCAUUUCAGUAAGGCUAUGGAGGAGCUAGUUCACGAUCUAGUCUCUGCACUGGAGGAAAGUUCAGAGCAAGCAAGAGGUGGUUUUGCAGAUACAGGCGAUCAUUCUCGCAGCAUCUCAUGUCUUCUAAAACGCCAGGCUCGAAAGAGAAGGGGAAGGAAAAGACGUUCAUUUAAUUCACAUCAUCCCUGGGAGACUGGACAUUGUUUAAGUGAAGGUUCUGAUUCCAGCCUUGAGGAGCCAAACAAGGAUUAUCGAGAGAACUAUGCUGCCAAUAAGAAAGACCAUAGUGAUUCGGAUGACCAACUGUUGGUUGCAAAACGCAGACCAAGUUCAAAUUUAAAUAACUUAAGAGGCAAAAGACCUCUCUGGCAUGAACCUGAUCUAGCCGUUGACAAUUUAGGUAACAGGACUCUGCGUAGACGUCGAAAGGUGAAACGGAUGGCAAUUGAUCUACCUUCUGAAGUAACAAACAAAAUUACAUUGCCCCAACAAGAUAACAUUAAGGAUCAGGAAAUGGACAAUGACAACAAAUCUUGCCUACAUCAAGAACUAUCAAAGAGUAAAGUAAAAAAAAGAAAACUAGCAGCAAAUAGGCAAGGCCCAGACAUUUUGGAUGAAGGUGUGGUCAUAGAGAAUGAUGAAAUCAAUCCUGCAAACAAGGAUAAAAUGGAGUAUGAAGAGCAAAAGGGUUCAGAUGAAAACAUGAGUGACAGUGAAUCGAGCAGCCUCAGCAGCAGUGAUGCUGGUUUGUUUACCAAUGAUGAGGGAAGACAAGGUGAUGAUGAGCAAAGUGACUGGUUCCAUGAAAGUGAACCUGGAGGUGCGUGUGGAAUUACUGGAAUUAUUCCUUGGUGGGAAAAGGAAGAUUCAGCAGGACUGGAGAAAGAGAUGCCUGACCCUGUCUUUCAAAGUAUUUUAACAGGCAGUUUUCCACUUAUGUCCCAUUCGGGCAAGAGAGAUUUCCAGACAAGGCUUAGUCAUCUUCAUGGAAUGCCAGCAAGGAAUAUCAAAAAGGUAACAGGAAACACAACUGCAAUGACUUGCUUGUAUGAUUGGGAUCAUUGUCUUGCUGCAUGAUCCACUUGCACUUCAGCUUCAGCUGACGGACAGAUGGCCCGAUACUCUCCUGUAGAAUUCUCUGACACAAAGCAGAAUUCAUGCUUCCUUCAGUGAUGGCAACAUAUCCAGGUCCUGAGGCAGCAAAUCAUCCCCAAACCAUGACAAUAUCUUCUUCACACUUGACAAGUUGGUAUGAGGCUCAUAUUGUAGAAUGCAGUCUUUCAUUUCUGCCAGACAUAAAAGUCGCAGACUUUUUGACUCAUCAUUCCAUAAAACUUUCCUCCAGGAAUCUGGAGAAUCAAAUGUGAGAUGAUCAUCACUGUUGUUCUUAGUAAUGCCUUCCACCUUGCUGAUCUCUCAUGAAUCUCAUUUUUAUCCAGUGCUUUUCUGACAGUGGAGUCAGAAACACUGAUUAUAACUAAGGCAAGUGAGGUCUGCAGAUCCCUGGAUGUUCUGGAGUUUUUUCGAUGUCCUGAGUGAUUUUAUGCUGCACUCCUGGAAUGAUUUUGAUAAAAUGACUACAUUUGGGAAGAAUCACUAUUGCCUGAAGUUUUCUCCAUUUCAAGACAAGUCUCUUAACCAUGGAUUGGUGGAGCCCUGGAGUUUUAGAAAUGUUUAUGUAACCUUUUCUAGAUUGAUAGGCAUCAAUGAAUUUUUAAAUAAUUUAAUUUCUAGACAAGAUUUCUAGAAUCUUUGUGGUGAAAACUUCAUUGUGUACAGGGGAACCUUGUGAGAUUUAUAUAGGACAGGGCUUGUACAAAUCAGCCCAUAUUGCUAAAUGAAGAACUCACACAACUAGCCCUAGUUAUCCAUUUAAUUGAAUUGACUGAAUGAAUGAAUGGGGACAUAUUUUUUUUCUUACUGGCACAUUGCAAGUCAGAAUAUUGUCUCUGAAAUAAAUGAAACAAGCACUAAACUUUGAGUUAUUUUUCACUCAAUAUCAGUAAAACCCACAUCAAGCUUUGAUAACAUUUAUUGACAAAGAUAUGCAAUAAACAAGAGAAUAUCUUUCACAGAAUUGUAUGAGAAGAUGACAAGCAUGGCAUAGAACUCUCCACUUGUGUUCUCAACAACUGCUCUUCAGAGGUUUAUUACCUCUGAUACUUGAGAUAAUAUGUUGUCAUAAUUAAUAGUCAUUUGUAAUGCUCCGGUCUUUCCUUUUGAAGACAUCAAAGUUGGUAGCUAUCCUACAUCAUAUGGAAGCAAAUUUCAUCAUUCAGCAAUUUGCUGUGGUUCUGAAUCUCUCACCAUUCAACUUUAUUAGAUAAUCUUGAGUUCUGAUAUUAGGUAGAAGUCGUCUUUGGUACUAUAAAAUAAGCCUAGUUACAUUAGAAGAGUUUGAGGCACUGAUUUACAGUGGUUACUCCUUCCUAAAGAGGCAGUUAUAUUCAAUGGUGAUAGGGAUGGAGAGAUUGAGCUGUAAGCUCAUCCUCCAUUGUAUGAUGCUUCAAAGCUCAACACUCCCUGCUCCUAUUAAUAUCUACAUGAAGCCAUUGGGAAAGGUCACCUAGGGUCAAGUAUAAUUAGAAUGUAAAUAAUACUCAAUUUUACAUCUCCAAUCCUGGGCUGAAUAGGUGAUACAGUACUAAAGUGCUGUUGCGGUGCUUGGAGGCUAUUAGAGCCUGGACAGGGAGAAAAAGGCUUAGAACCCAACCCCUACAAGACAAGAAUGGCUUUGGGUUCAGAAGUCAUCAGAUUCCAAGGUAAUUCCAUUUGAUUCUCAAUGGCUCCUAUCCUAAUUUGUAGAGAGACAAUUAAAACUUGGCUGUUCCAGCACACCUUGGGGAUUUUAAUGUUUUUUUCUCUGGCUUUGGAGUACUUGUUUAGUGUUAUUUGUAUUGCCAGUAUUUAUAUAUGUACUGUAGAUGUACUUUGAUUUUUGUAUUGCAAUUCUGUUAUUUUUUAACAAAUUUACAUUGGAUAUGAAUACCACUCAGAAUUAUCAGCAGUUGGAAUGGAUAUAGGUAGGUAGGUAGGUAGGUAGGUAGGUAGGUAGGUAGGUAGGUAGAUAGAUAGAUAGAUAGAUAGAUAGAUAGAUAGAUAGAUAGAUAGAUAGGAAUCUGUAUUGAACCUGUAUUCUGUAAUUUGAGGCACAGGCUAACUAUGCUAUAGAAUGUCUGUAACUAUUGAGACCAUCUCAGGUACUGAAUAUUGUCCCAAUUUUACACAUGAUUUCAACUUUCAGAGCUUCCAUUGUAAAGCUGUACCCUCCCCCUCCCCCCACAAGGAUGGUUUUCCACUGGCUUUAGAAACUCAAUCCUAUUAUUGGAGCAUGUUCUUUCAUUAAUUUUUCCAUGAACUUAAAUGUUCUCAUUGGAAGGAGUGCAUGCUGGUCAGUUCACUACCAUCCUAUAAUCCCUUUUCUGAUGUAUAAUUGGCAGCUGAGGUCUCAUGUAUGUAGUUGUUACCCUAAUAUGUAUUAUUUUACACUUGCUUUCUUUGC